AAAGUUGACAUACCUCGCUCUUGCACGUGGUGAAAUAAACAAAAUAUGAAAUUUUUAUUUUUCUAGACAAAAUUAUACAAAAAAUAUUAAAAAUAUUAAUAACAUGUCACGAGUAAUAGUUAAAAAUCUUCCCAAAAAAAUCACAGAAAAGAAACUCCGUGAUCUAUUCGAAGCUCAAGGAACCAUCACCGACAUUCAACUAAAGUACACAAAAGAAGGUGUAUUCCGUCAAUUUGCCUUCAUCGGUUUCCGUUCCGAAGAUGAAGCCCAAUCGGCCAUUAAGUAUUUUGAUAAUUCAUGCAUUCAAACAAAUCGAAUUCGUGUAGAAACUUGUGCUGCACUUGGCGCCGAAGAGAAGCCACAAUCUUGGAGCAAACAUGCAAAAGAUAGUAACUCUUUUCGCAAAGCUCAUGGCAUUGAUGAGAAGGAAAGAGCUGAAAAAGAGGAAGAAUAUUUGAAGGAGAAAAAGAAAUCGAAAAAGGUAUCAAAGUUUGAUGAAAUCAUUGGCGAGCAUAAAGAUGAUCCACAAUUUGUGGAGUUUAUGCAAGCUCACGAUAAGAAUCGAACUUUAUGGGCUAAUGAUGCUGAAAUGAAAGAAAAUGGGGAUAAGGGAAAUGAUGACGAUGAGGAAUCAAAUAAAGAAAGAAAAGUAAAAAAGGAAAAAGUUGAAAGUAAAAAGAUUAAAGAGGAAAUUGAAGAUGAAGACGAGGAAGAUGAUGAUGACGAGGAUGAAGAAGAAGAUGAUGAUAAAAAGCUCGCAGAGAAACCAAUAAGUGAUUUGGAAUAUAUGAAAUCCCUUGUCAAAUCCUCUGAUAGCAAAACACCAAUAAAAAAAGACAAAAAAGACAAAUCCAGAUCGAAUCUGGAACUCUUUACAAUUAAGAUCCACAACGUUCCAUAUAAGGCUCGUCGUCAAGAAGUCAUUAAGUUCUUUAAGCCCCUCAAACCUUACUCUGUUCGUUUACCAUCUAAAGUCCAUGGUUUCUGUUACAUUGGUUUCAAGACCGAGAAGGACUUUAACACUGCCAUGUUGAAAAACAAGAGUUUUAUCAAAGGCAAACAGGUGUUCUUCUCUGACUUUACAGAAAAGAAUAAGAUUUCAAAAGCCAAGGUCGAUAAUACUCCUCUUCCGACUAUGAGUGGUAAACAUCUCAAAUGGCAGGAACAGGAAGAGUCUAUCAAAAACGAAGAAAAUAUAUCCGAAUCUGGGAAAAUCUUCUUCCGAAACUUAGCCUACACUGUAGUUGAUGAUGAUUUGCAAAAACUCUUUGAGAAAUAUGGUCCCGUUGCGGAGUUAGAUCUUCCUGUAGAUUCAAUAACUAGAAAGAUUAAAGGAUUCGGAACGGUGACGUUUGUUAUGCCAGAACAUGCUGUGCAGGCAUUCUCUGAGCUUGAUGGAACCACUUUCCAUGGUCGUUUGUUGCAUUUAAUUCCUGGAAAGACUUUUAACCGAGAUGAAGAAGAAGAUGGAUCACAAGAUGAAGGUUUGUCGUGGAAGGAGAAGAAAGAAAAACAGCUGAAGAAAGCUGCACAACAGACACAUAAUUGGAAUUCAUUGUUUUUGGGCGCUAAUGCUGUGGCUGAUAUUUUGGCUCGUCAGUAUGAAACGACCAAAGAAAAUAUUCUUGACUCGCAAACAGGUGGAUCUAGUGCAGCUGUACGCUUGGCUCUGGGAGAAACUCAAAUUGUCAUGGAAAUGAAGCAAUUCCUCGAAGAGAACGGUGUAAAUUUGGAUGUCUUCGAGUCUCAAACAGUAAAGCGUUCCAAAACUAUCAUGUUGGCUAAGAAUUUACCUGCCGACACAGAAGUUUACGAACUUCAGCCUUUAUUCGCGCAAUAUGGACCAAUUGCAAGAUUUGUCUUUCCACCAAGUGGAGUUACAGCUUUGAUUGAAUACACAGAUGCAUCUGAAGCAAGAACUGCCUUUAAGAAACUGGCUUAUAGUAAGUUCAAACAUGUGCCUUUGUAUCUGGAAUGGGCUCCUGAAGGUACUUUCAAGAAUGAAGCCCCCACCAAAGUUAAGGAAGAAAUUAAAAAAGAAAAGAAAUCAAUUGUUGAUGAAGUGGUUAGUGAAAAGAAAACAAAGAAACAAUUAAAGAAAGAAGACAAAGAACGAAGAGAACGAGAACUAUUAGAAGAGCAAAAACGUAAAGAAGAAGAAGAAAAGGCAGAAAAGGCAGCCUUGGAGAAGGCAAAGAAGGAAGAUGCUGAGAAUUAUGAUGAAAUGGAUGACGAUGAACCACCAGAACCAGAUACAACUCUUUUCUUACGAAAUUUGAACUUUAAUACCCGAGAAGAUGCUGUGAGGAAUCACUUUAAACAAAUGGGACAGAUUCAUAUGGUGCAAGUGGCAAUGAGAAAAGACCCUGAAGAUCCUAGGAAUAAAAUGUCAUUGGGUUAUGGAUUUAUUCAGUUUAAAAAGAACUCAGUAGCUGAGAAGACACUGAGACAGAUGCAAUUUACACAAAUUGAGGGUAAUCAAGUGGAAUUGAAGAGGAGUGAUAGGACAUUAAAGGUUGAUGCAAAGGCAGCAACGGCGAGAAAAGUAACAAAAGGUACAAAACAAAAUGGAACAAAAAUUCUUGUGCGAAAUAUUCCCUUCCAGGCGAAGCCUAAUGAAGUGCGGGACAUUUUUAAGGCUUUCGGUGAAAUACGAACUCUUCGAUUACCUCUAAAAAUGACCCCAGGCGAAGAGUCACAUCGUGGUUUUGGUUUUGUUGACUUUAUAACUAAAAGUGAUGCUAAAAAAGCUUUCGAUGCUUUAAGUCAGAGUACUCAUUUGUACGGUAGGCGUUUGGUACUCGAAUGGGCAUCAACAACAGAAGAAAAUGUCGGUGAAUUAAGAAAACGAACAGCGCAAACCUAUCAACGUUCCGAUGUUAAAAAGAGUAAAAAAGGACUAUUUGAUAUGGAAACCGAUAAUAAUAAUGAAGAAGAUCAGAACGAAGAAUUUUAGUAAUAAAUUAUUUAAUAGGAAUAAUUAAUUUUUGUAUAAAUAAAACUAAAUUUUAAAUUUUCAA